AUGGCUUCUCCCCGUCCUGCCUCUCCUCUCACAUCUGGCGCCGAGUCCGGCGCUGAGUCCAAGUCGGCUGGAGCCACUGGUGCUGUUGCGUCCGGCUCCUCCAGCAGUCGUCCUUCCUCGCCCACUCCUCCCGGCGGCCCUCGCGCUGCCAUGCGCCGCCGCGCCGCCGCCGACCACAAGGAGUCCCUCCGUAACGCUCGCCCCAGCUCUACCCGGUCUGCUGGUGCUGGUGGUUCUUCCGGUACCAUGCUCAAGCUUUACACCGACGAGAGCCCCGGUCUUCGCGUCGACCCCGUUGUUGUGCUGGUCCUGAGUUUGGGUUUCAUUUUCUCGGUUGUUGGUCUGCACGUUAUCGCCAAGAUCACCCGCAAGUUCUCUGCUUAA